CCGGGGCCAGCGCCCGCAGAGGUGCAGCAGCUGCCCAGCCUGCCGUCUGUUCCGGGAGCGGGAGACAGAGCGCGUAGGUCGGGGAUCGGACCGGGCGCGGAGCUGCGGGGACGCCGAGACGCGAGAGGAGGUGCCAUGUCGCAGCCGUCCGGGGACGCCUGCCAGGUCCCACACAGCAGCAAGGCCUGCCGCCGCCUCUUCGGCCCCGUGGACGGCGAGCAGCUGCGCCGUGACUGCGACGCGCUCAUGGCCAGCUGCCUGCUGGAGGCCCGGCAACGGUGGAACUUCGACUUUGUCACCGAGACGCCGCUGGAAGGCAACUUCGUCUGGGAGCCCGUGCGCGGCCUGGGGGUGCCCAAGCUCUACCUGAGCCCAGGCUCCUGCGGCGGCCGAGAUGACACAGGAGGGGGCAGGCGGCCCAGCCCCUCAGCUGCCCUGCUGCAGGGGACAGUGGCUCAGGAGGACCACGUGGACCUGUCGCUGUCCUGUACCCUCGUGCCUCGAUCCUCUGAGCAGCCCGAGGGGUCCCCGGGGGCUCCCGGAACCUCUCAGAGCCGGAAACGGCGGCAGACCAGCAUGACAGAUUUCUACCACUCCAAGCGCCGCCUGGUCUUCUGCAAGAGGAAGCCCUGAUCUCCCAGCCGGAAGCUUUGAGCUCCCAGAACCGGGUGGGCCACCGGCCGCGUCCACACCUUCUGCCUUCAUCCUCCACUUUGUGCGUCUUAAUUAUUAUUUGUGUUUUAAUUUAAGCUCUUCCUCGUGUACAUACCUGCCUGUCCCCCAUCCCCAACCCAGCCUCUGGCAUUAGAAUUAUUUAAAAAAAGAAAUUAGGCAGUAGAAUGGUAGGCUCACAGUGCUGGGUAUUUUUAUGGUAUGAAAUGUUAUUUAAAACCUUCUUCUCCUACGUUCUUUGUCCCCCAUCUCCUGUGGACGGCACGGGCUGGCUUCAUGCCCGCUGCGCCCUCCUCUACCCUCACCCACCGGGUGGCACUGACCAGAGGGACCCGAUUCCCUCCUUCCCUCUGCCCUCCAACUCAGUCCUGAAUCCUCAGAACUGAGGAGUACAUAGAUGAUAGCACUUUGAAGGGGACCCAGCCAAGGAGGGACAUCAUCACAAACGCUGGGGUCUCCUUACCUCCUCUGGAGUUGGGCAGGUGACCAUGAAGUGGGCACAGCCGGGGACAGACCCCCACCCUGGCCUCGAUGCCCCACUCUGCCCUGUUGAAGAUCGGGUCCUGUAGCAGCCCCACUCCCCGACCUGUGUGCCACCCACCCCAGGAAGCCUGGAUCCUUUUCUACUUGUUUGGGGCCCCCAGCUGUCCCUUUUCCCAGCUGGAUCUCAGGGCCCCUCUGCUGCUCUCCCCUCCCCCAAGUCCUUCAUCUCCAGUACCCUGUUGGCUAUGAGUGGCAGCUGUGGGCACCUGUCCCUCGACACCGAGAUGUAGGGCUCCCCGGUUCUACCUCAGGUAGCACAACAGCAGGCCUCCCCCUUUUAGCCUUGGGGUGAGUCCUGGAUGGCCCCAUAGAAGUCCCUGUCGCUCUGUGUUAGGCCUGUGGGUGGGAAGCGUGGGUUUAUGGGACAGAGACCGCAGCCCUCGGAAGCCAUAGGUGAUCAUCAGCGACCGACUCCAUCUGAGCCCUCCGUCCCAGUCUCACUGCACUUUGAGUAGCAUCUGAACAAGGGGUCGGACCAAGGUGGCGGCCACGGGACCACGGGAGGCGCCUAGGUGGGCUGACAGGAGCUUGGGGUGGUGGCGGCUCUGUCCCUGCACCGAACGCUGACCUCCUGGAGGCACCAAAGCACUUAGCGGGUCUGACCCCAAAUACCCUGCAGCUCCUAUAACAUCCUGGCUGGGGCUGUAUCCCUUUGACUCUCAGGGUGUAACACUGACUAUCUCCACCUACACUGUAAGCCUCUCAAGGGCAGGGACCACCCCCGUUCUAAUCUGUGUCCUUCACAGCCCUCCCACAGUACUGGGUACACAGCUGGUGCUCAAUAAAUAUCUCCUGAUGACUUUGUUUGCAGUA